GACGAGGAAGAGGAAGAGGAGGAGAAGGGUACCGGACGUCGCUGGCUCGAGAGCUCGGUGCGUGCGGACGGAGGAAAUACCUGUCCAAAUUGCGGCUUUACACGUCCGAGGGGGGAGGGGGGAGGGGGGGUGUUAUUUAGGUAAACGGUUUAAGGGAAAAGCGGAGGGGGGGGAGUAGCGGGCGCGGCAGGCAGGUCGCUGUAAGAAGACUGGGUGGCUGGGUGGCUGGCUGAAUCCGGCCACCGGGUCUUUGGACGCUAGGCCUGCUGUUGCGCGACUGGGUUCAUGCAGGCAGACGGGUAGUUCAUCGACUCGGUCAGGCAUGGCUCGGCUCGUUGUGGACCUCAGUGGAUGGGAUGAGAUUGGGCUGCGAGAAUGUGGGGUAGAGCUGAUUUCAGAUAGCCGAUGCAAAUCUCCAGUGCGGUGGUUGACGGGAAUUGCUUAUGGCCUCGUGGUUGCAGCGUGAAGAUCAGAUAAGCACCCUUAGCUAGGCGGCUCAAUAUAAAUAUGAAUCUCGAAGGCCGUGGACGUAUCACUGAGCCCAAGUCUCCACUAUUCACCUCUGCGCUUUAGCUCGCUCUGGAUGUCGCACCGACUGGGCUGCGUGCGUAGUGUCUGCAUGCAAUCAUUUAUAGGUUGUCUUGUGCAGCUGCACACGAGUCUCACUUCUUGAGUCAGCUCCCCACGAGGCUUCCAGACCCUUACCAUUAGUAUCCAAUCAUCUUCUACACCUCCCCGACCCUCUCGUAGUUCGUACAGCGCGGGUGCGUCUUGCGCUCUCGCUUCUCGUCCCAAUUCUCGAAUUCAGCGUUUCUCGUGGCCAUGCUGCUCCGCGCCGGUCAACGAGAGAGUGCUGUUUUACUAGUGCCCGACGCCCACCGCGCCUCUGGACUCUGGCCGUGUAAAUAGAAUAAUCUUUGUCUUGCUCCCAGUCCUCUUACCCCGCCCGUCUCUUUCACUCGCGCUCUCUAGCCCUCUCGCGCUGCGUCCCUGCCAGCGCGCCUGCCUGCCCGCCUGCCUGCCUAGCAUCCUGCCGAAUGCGAUUCUCCACCGCAAGCGCGAAAUCAUGUCGUCGCCUGUAAAGCGCAACUCGAGUACUCCUUUUUCAACCGCGGUCAAUUCUUUUCCAUGGCGAAUGGGGAUCUGGCGCUUGCGCUCCGAGCAUAGUGGACCUCCUGGCCAACGGUGGUACAUGGAGACCAUAGGUUUGCAACCGCCCAUCAUCUUUGUCCUCGGUAGCUCGCAAACCAGUGACCAUUGCUGGAGGUCAGAUCGGGUUUCAGUCGCGUCCCUGGGGAAACACAAAAGUGAGGCCUGGAAUUGCGGUAAAGAUCCAUCCCGGAUUUGCAUUCCUUGAAUGGUCGGUGCAAGAACUUGCUUCUCUCAGUAUGACAAGCUGAAAUUGGUCUGGUUCCUCGUCCAAACGCGUCAUGGUUACAGUGAUACCCGACAAAAUGCUAAGCUUCGUGCAAGGCUGUGGUCUCCAUGUACCACCAUUGGUCAACUGGAAGGGAAUUCGGUCUCCAGCUUUCUUGCUCUCUCUCUCGCCCCCGGCACGUCCGUCGCGAAUCCACUGCGAGAUGAGUUGACAAUUCAUUGCUUGUUCUUUGAUCGAACCGCUGGCCACUAAGGUCCUCAUCGAUGGUGAUCACCCUGAUGCUAUGUGUGGAAGCCGAGGUCUUUCUCAGUCAGGAGGCACUGGAGUGUCUCGACCGCGUCCACUAGUCUUUCAUCCCACAGCUCGGAGAUUGCAGUGGCAAAGAAAAGCCCAUGCUAGGAAGAUUAUAUAUUCAGGGUUUUCGCAGGCAGUCACUGGAUGUUCAAAAUCUGCACGAGAUACCGAAAGGCUGAUCAAACAUUGCCUUGAGUGUGGAAAAUGCAGCAAUGUACAUACUGCUUGUCCCGUCUGUGAAUGUGCGCUCCAAUUUGAAUAAAUCAUCCGUUCUUGGAAUUCC